AAUCUAUAAUUAUGCAAUAUGCCAUGGAGUAAUUGGUACUAGAUCCAUUGGUUAGCCAUUAUCCCAAUUAAUCUCUCUCAAAAAACAAAGCUAAACAUAGAAAUGAGCAACUCCUCCAACAUAAUCGGUAACAAAUGGGAGGAUCUCCCAAACGAAAUCCUCGAAAUCAUUGCAAAACACCUUCAAUCUCGCAUCGACGUCUUCCGAUUUCGCGCCAUCUCCACUUCAUGGCGAUCCAUCGUUCCACUCUCCUAUCGUCAAACUCAAUCAUCCCUCACUCUUCCGCCGCCGUUUACGGCCACCGCCGUCUUAUCUCCCGUCACAAUCUGCCGCCUCGAACACUACUCCGGCGGCACCGCCGUCUUGAUGAAGGUGGUUGAAUCAAUAUCCGGCGAAUUACAGCUCCUCAACCCGCUCUCGACCAAAACAUUUAAGGGUAAUAGUAGUGUUUGCAGGACGAUUAACUUGGUAGAUUUUCGGUUGAUUGAGUUACAUAGAGGUUCUCGUUUGAUAUUUGAUUCAAUUCCCACGAAUUUUUAUGUGAAGAAAGUGGUUUUGUUUUAUGAUUUUGGAAUUUUGGCAUUGUUUGAUUUGGGGGGUUUAAGCCUAUUAAGUUUCUGGGGAUUUGGGGAUGAAGAAUGGACGAAUUUGGGUAAUGAAGGGGAUUGUUAUGAUGAUGUUAUGAGUUAUAACAAUCAAUUUUAUGUGAUUAAUAAUUUGGGGAUUGUGUAUUGGAUUGAUAAAUGUAGGAAUCUUGUUCAAUAUUCACCUCCACUUUGUGGAUUUGGACACCUGAAAAAUCUAGUUGUAUCUGAAGGGCAGUUUUAUGUUGUUGAUUCUUAUAUGGAGGAGGAUGCAGCACGAAUGCAAGCGGCUAUGUUUGAGGAGCUGGGUGUACGAGGCCGUUGUCGGACAGUGGAUAUGAAGGUGUAUAAGCUGGAUGAAGAAUGGGGUACUUGGGUUGAUGUGAAAUCGUUAGAGGAUCGAGUUUUCGUGCUAGGUAAAGAAGUUUGUGUUUCGGUUAGUGUUAAGGAUUUCCCGGGUUGCCAAGGGAAUUGCAUAUACUUUGUUGAUGCUUCGGAUACUAAGACGGAAUUUCAAACUUUAGGAGAGACCGUCAAACGAUUUGUUGGUCGUGUAUUUCGGUUUGACAAUGGGAGUGUAAGGGCGGUCGAGUGUCUCCCUGCCUAUAAGAAGUUCUCUCCUCAUAUGAAUUGGCCCUUGGCUAUUUCAUCUUCCCGUGAUAAUAUUGCUGUGUAAUUGUUGUUUCUCAACAUGGGGCAAUUUGGUUGUUUUAAGUUACAAGUUCUGAGAUUCCUAUCACUUUAGUAUUGUUUUUCAAGUAUGCAUUCCGUACUCAUUUUAUUUUGAAUUUGUCUCUUGUAUUUUAAUGUUAUGUACUCCGUACCUUGUAAAUUUUGUGUAUCAUCUAUUGUUGCAAUUGUUACAAAACAAAGAGCUUGUAAUUUUGGAUUUGGAUUUGAGUUUCAAAUUCUAAAA